AUGGUAAUUAAGCAAGGCAGUAAGUCACAGUGGGCCUACGGUUUCAACUUGGCAACUAUAGUUGUGGUGGCUUGUCUGUUGGUACUUAGAUAUGGCUUUUGGAAUUCAUUUGUGGAUUCUGUUGCUUUGCUCCAUGUUCUCAGAACCUUUAAGAUCUGCUUGUGCUCCACAUGAUGCCCAGAGAUUAAGAGGCUACAUGUAUUCUGGCUCUUCCCAAGUGGAAGAUGAACAGACACAACCAGGUGAUGGCUAUCCUCAGGAUCAAAUCAAACCAGCUUUUAGUACUUCAAGUUCUGUCCAGAGUGAUGCUACUCCCAGAGAGACUGGACCCAACACCCAUAACCAGGAACUAUCCCUCAGAGGCUCUGCUUCAAGCUCUAUCCAGCCUGCCCCAAGAAUGUUAGGCCUCUCUGGCUCUAUAGCCAGUAGAACCUCUGUCAGCCACAACAAGCGUCACACCCUUGCCAGUAUAACCUCAGGCCAAAGUGUCACUAACCCUAGUGCAGUGAAGAUGGUUUCAAGUUGGGAAGCAAAGGGAAUUCAGCCCAAAACCUUUCCAUUACAGCCUCUUUCAAGCAACUCUGGAUCUGUUCAUAAUUUCCUGGGAAGCCAUUUAUUCAAAUCAACCCCCCAGAAUUCUGUGGCACAAAGUGGAAUCUACCAGUCCGUAAGGGAAAUGGCUUCCACCCCUAACCUUCAAGCUCCCUCACGUGGUUCUUCAGGAACUUCAUUUAGAUCAGGUCCUCUGCAUUUUGGGUCUACUGAAGGUGGGAGUGCAACAAAUGUGUACAAGCCCAGCUUCUCUCAAUAUGUCAAGCCAUACCAGAGCAGACAUGCCUCUGCCAGUAGUGGUUCAACUUCUAGUCAAUAUGCCCAAACUUCUGCCCAGAGAAUAGAUGGAGCCUCCAGAAGCAGCAGUAUCCCUAUAUCUAGCCUGGRGUCUAUCUCCAGUCUCUUUACCCCAAGUUCUACGCCUAGUAGAAACUCCUAUGGAACCUACAAGCCUGGCUCUACCCUUGGUGCAACACCACGCCAGAGCCUGUUUCCCUCUAACCAGGGUGGCAGUGGUUCAAUCUACAGCCAGAAUGUCCUUGCCGCCAACCAGAAGCCAAGCAGCACUACACCUGCCGAAAGCAACCACAGGCAAGUCUCUGGUCAGAUGGGGCACUACCAGCCUAGCUAUGUUGCCAGUAGUGGGCCAAUCUCCAUCCUCCACAGUUCUGCCCAGGCUGGCAGCUCUUCAACCUAUGUGCAGAAACCAAGCAGCWCUAKACCUGCCGAAAGCAACCACAGGCAAGUCUCUGGUCAGAUGGGGCACUACCAGCCUAGCUAUGUUGCCAGCGGUGGGCCAAUCUCCAUCCUCCACAGUUCUGCCCAGGCUGGCAGCUCUUCAACCUAUGUGCAGAAACCAAGCAGCUCUAAACCUGCCCCCAGGCAAAGCUAUCAGCCCAGCUAUUCUCCCAAUGCUGUGAAGUCAAUCCCUAGCUAUGCCAAAGGACCUACCCAGAGCAUUUUCUUUAACCUCCAUGGCCCUACCCAGAGCAGGACUAGCAGUACCACCACCACACCUCAAAACUUUGCACUGGUCUCCAUCUACAACAUCCCAGCACGCUACGGUGGCACUCAUAUCCGUCGGCUCCAAGACCAUAUUCAUCGUGGGCGUAAUGCCUCCACUAGCCACUCCAAAACCAGCUCAAGUGUUAACAAGRCACAGCAAAACCACACUCUGCCUGCCAAGCAGGAAGGCCCCAGCACCACCUUCGUCCAAGUCUCACGCUCUACUAGAUGGGAGCCCAGAACAUGACUAAGUGCUGAGACCAUGAAGUGAUGCCAGGCUUUCUACUUCAAUGGUUUUAAUAAAUAACAUUGAAUCUAAUCCAA